CUUUUUGUAGUCCAUAUGAUACAAGGAUGAGACAAAUAAAACCAUCCAUAUCUCUCAUAUACUCUCUAACAUCUCAAGAGCCAAUCUUGAGUGUUGAAUGAUAGCAAACACACAAACAUAUGCAAAGAAGAUAGCCUGCUGCCAAACUCUAACAUGAGGCUCAAAUUCUCCCUCAACCUAGCUAACAACAUGGCCCAUAAACAACCCAGUAAACACCAAUAAAAACAGGGUAAACUAUGAGGAAAAACCAGAACCAUAAUGAUCAAGAACAUAAUACUGAAAUCCUCAAGGCUGUUGCCCAGGCAUGGCAUGGCCGUUCCAGCAGUUCUAAGUCGUCAACGACAACGUCAGAGUUCGACGCCCACAGGCUAUACUUCAAGGGCCGGCCUAGUCGGUUCAAGCUUGAAGCGAUGAACAUGGCAGCUAAGAAGGAACAAUGUGGGACUAGUUGGGAUUUUGGGCAAUCACUUUGGGAUUCUUAUGAGAUUCUGGCUGUUUCGAAGAAGUUGGAGACGGGCUUAGUUCUGGAUAAUCCGUAUUCUUCUGCAUCGAACGAGCAGGGACACGGUGUCAAGAAGCGGAAAGAGAGUAAGAAUAGCUUGAGGAAUUUGUUCAGCAGAGUGUCCUCAAGAAGAUUCAGUCAAGCAGAUUUACCCUCAGAAGGAGACUAGUCAUUUGAUACAUUUUUUUUCUGUCAGUUUCGUCUCUCAUGAUGUAACUUCAGAUUUGAGGGAGCAAAGUUCCCAUUUUUACUCAACUUAUCGAUUGGAAUAAAGGGAGGAACAGUUCAUUUUGAGUACAUAAGGUGUUUUGUCUCUUGCGAUGGUGGAAAUCAAGAAACUAGACAUGAUUGUAGCCUCUUAUAUUUUUCUAGACAAGAAUUCUUGUCCUUCAGAUGUACCUUAAGUGCAUUACUCAGAUUGCAUUUCACCACUAGAAAUGUAUCGGUCCUGUUGCACGAA